AUGGCGGGGACCGGGAGCGCCGCCGCCACCGUGCGCGGGCUGGCACGCGCGGGACCGGGAGCGCGCGCCGCACGGUCAGCGGGGCGCGGAGGCGCGCGCGGCGGRUGGAGGCAGCCGCUGGGCCCCGAGGAGACGCUGGAACUGUUGGAGGGCUCCGUGGUGCACCGGGAAGGAGCCCUGCUAGCCCUGAACAAGCCUCCAGGCCUGCCCAUCCUGGGGCGUCCUGGGGAUCUAAGCCUGGACACACUGCUGCCAGCACUGAGACGACGCCUGGGCCUCUCUGCUGAGCUCCAUGUGGUGAAGGCUCCUGCCAGGGAGUGUUCUGGCCUUGUUCUCCUGUCUGGCUGCUACCACACCACUAAGAAGCUGCAGCAGUUCUUCACCAAUGCUCGCCGGAGAGGCCAGUACCCUGCCACGUAUCGUGCCGUCACUGUGGGAGUCCCAGCGGAGGCAGAGGGUGAUGUCCGCACUGGGCUGUGCUGGCAGCAGCAGGGGGACAGAGCCAUGGUGGUGCCAGUGCCAGCCCCAGGACGCCACAGUCUGGCCAGGAAGGAUGUGAAGAGCACCCUGACGCACUACCGGGUGCUGGGCGCCAUGGGGGGCUGUGCCCUCCUCCAGCUCCAGCCCAGGACAGCCUUCCCAGAACAGCUCCAGGUGCACCUGACGCUGCUGCUGUGUCCGGCCCUGGGUGACCACRAGCACUCUUCCCGCGUGGGCAGGGUGCUGGGGGUGCCCUUCCUUCUGACCCCCGAGACUGCUCCGACCCGCACACAGGUGCUGGACGAGGAGUUGCUGUCCCGGCUGGGGCUUUCUCCACGGCAGCUCCAUCACCUCCCACUCCACAUCCACCUGCAGGAGCUGAUGCUGCCCGAGGGCCCCCUCAGUGCCCCACCACCACCCCACUUCCUGCACACUCUGCGCUGCCUGGGGCUGCCUGAGCACUAGGAGCCCUAGUGCUGCAGGGGARCACCCACUCCACCCUUCUGCUCUCUAUUACCCCAUUAAAAUCCCCUCCUGCUAGUGGGGUGGCUCAGCACACAGUUCUUUUCCUGGCACACACAGGAUGCRUUURCYCUGGCUGUCCCUCUGGCAUUGCUGGGGGCACCAGCCCUGCCACCACCUUGUGCCUGCCCUGGUUCCAAGUGCUAGGAUGCAGCACCAUCAUCACCUACCAUAGCUCUGUGACCGCAGGCAGGAGCAGAGGUGGCUUUUCCUGCCUGCACUCUGCCCCAGCAGCC